ACGCCAUCGUUCUCAUUCGACAAAAGUCGAAAGAUAAGGUUUUGAACUUCAAAAGAGGAAGACUAUUCCUGGUAGAUGGCCAUGGUGCUUGGACUAGCACGCUUUCCCCUCACCAUCUCCACCUCCCACUCACUCCGCCUCCUCCCAAACCCUCGCACUGGCUCCCGGAGAAGCUCAAACAAUGGACAACUCUCAGUCUCGGCCAUGGCCGGCACUGUUCUCGUCACUGGCGCUGGUGGUCGAACAGGUCAAAUUGUUUACAAGAAGUUGAAGGAGAGAUCGGAGCAGUAUGUUGCGAGGGGAUUGGUGAGGACGAAGGAGAGCAAGGAGAAUAUUGGAGGAGCUGAUGAUGUUUUCACUGGGGAUAUUAGGGAUACAGAGAGCAUUCUCCCUGCUUUCCAAAGCAUUGAUGCUCUCAUUAUCCUCACAAGUGCUGUGCCAAAGAUGAAGCCUGGUUUUGAUCCAAGUAAAGGUGAAAGGCCUGAGUUUUACUUUGAAGAAGGAUCAUUUCCUGAACAGGUUGAUUGGAUUGGCCAAAAGAAUCAAAUUGAUGCUGCCAAGGAUGUUGGGGUGAAACACAUUGUUCUUGUUGGAUCUAUGGGAGGAACUGAUGUCAAUAAUCCAUUGAAUAACAUUGGGAAUGGGAAGAUAUUGGUGUGGAAGCGCAAAGCCGAACAAUAUUUAGCAGACUCUGGAAUACCAUAUACGAUAAUAAGGGCUGGAGGUUUGCAAGAUAAGGAUGGUGGAUUGAGGGAAUUACUCAUUGGAAAAGAUGAUGAACUUCUCAAAACUGAAACUAGAACCAUUGCUAGAGCAGAUGUUGCAGAAGUCUGCAUACAGGCACUGCAAUUUGAGGAAGCAAAGUUCAAGGCUUUUGAUUUGGCGUCGAAGCCGGAAGGAAGUGGUACUCCAACAAAAGAUUUCAAGGCUCUUUUCGCUCAAAUCACCACUCGCUUCUAAACCAAAUUUUAUUAUUCAAUUCUUGCAAUUGUGUCUCCAAUUUUUUUCUCUUUUCUUGCGAACCUCUGGGAAAUUUCAGGCCUGAUCUGUUGUUGUAGUCUGUUGUUUUUAGUUUGAAGUUAUUAAUUUUGUAGUCUUGGGAGGAAUUCAAAUCCUAUUUUCUUUUUUUUACAA